ACGGCGAACGCGGGCGGGGCGGCGGCGGCGCGGGAAGAGCGGGGACGGGCUGAGGGUGACACCGAGGCGGGCGGGAAAGCAGCGAGUGCCGGGCUGAGGAGCCAUGCACACCUCCAGACUCUUCACCCUCGUCCUGGUGGUGCAGCCGUCCCGCGUCCUCCUGGGCAUGAAGAAGCGCGGGUUCGGCGCCGGGCUGUGGAACGGCUUCGGGGGAAAGGUGCAGCCUGGGGAGAGCAUCGAGGAGGCUGCCCGCAGGGAGCUCCUGGAGGAGAGUGGACUGACUGUGGACACCUUGCAGAAGAUGGGUCAGAUCACAUUUGAAUUUGUAGGCAACUCUGAACUCAUGGACGUUCACAUUUUCCGGGCAGAUCACUUCCAUGGAGAGCCAACAGAAAGUGAGGAAAUGCGUCCACAGUGGUUUCGGCUGGACGAGGUGCCCUUCCAUCGCAUGUGGCCCGAUGACAGCUACUGGUUUCCCCUGGUGCUUCAGAGAAAGUUGUUUCGGGGCUAUUUUAAGUUCCAGGGACAAGACACCAUCCUGGAGCACAGCCUGAAAGAAGUGGAGGAAGUUUAAGAAAGCAGAAGCAUUCAGUCCACGUGCUACUGCCCACAUUGGGCUACAGCAUCCUGAGUAUGACUUAUCAGAAAACAAGACUUAUUUCCAGGUAACUGCAGAGUAAGGAAAGUAAGGGGGUUUCUUAGAGCAGAAAUAGAAGUAACAAGAUUUUCCAUGCUGUGAAGUCCCUGGCUCUCAUAGGCUUUAGUGGUUAUGUGAUCACAACUAUUAAAAAUUUAAAUGUUAA